GAAAGAUGAAGUGUAUACUAAUAUAUUAUGUAAUGGUUUUUGUAAUUUUUGUCAAUUCAGAUACAACUAAACGUGUGCUUCUUCCACGAUUACCGAUUGGUGAAUACCGAGUAAAAAUGUUAGCAAUUGUACGUUGUGAAACAAUCAAAUGGAAGGACUUAAUUAAAUUUAAUUUUUACCUAAGCAAAACGUCUGUCGACACCACAGAAAUUAAAGGAAACGUUACUUAUUAUGUACCGCUUGAUGAUUCUUUAAAUAUUGAAGUAAAUCUAGCGGUAAAAGAUUCUAUUGGUGGUUGGAAGGAUAAUGCUCAUAUUUUUAAGACACCUAAAGCUUGCUCUUCACUCAAGAAUUUGUUGGGAAAUUCUUGGUCUACAGUCACGAAAAGUUUAGGAAUGCAAAAUAUACAUGGUUGUCCUAUUCCCGUGGGUUGUUAUGUUGCAUCUGACAUGAGUCCUAAUCACUCGUUUUUCAAUUUACCCAAGCAAUUUUUUUAUGGAACAUACAAAUUUCGUUUUCAAUUCACCAAAAACAAUGUAGUCUAUGGCUGUGCAACUUCUGUUAUAGAGGUGAAGCGACCUUGGGAAACUGAUUAAACAUCAAAUGGCAAUAAAACUAUAAUAGUUUAUAUUUAUGUAA